AUGCCCACAGCCUCAAGAGUUGCGACCGAGAAGUCGUCUCCUGCACCCACCAAAGCCCCUCCUAAGCGGAGCAGUAAUCGAAGUCGAGGUCGGCCUUCAGCAUCUACAGUCACAGAGAUUCCGAAUUCUGAAGACGACGUUAUUCUCGUUGGUGCCCCGACCGCAAAGGGCACGUUCCAAGGAGUCUUUAUCCCUAAGGAUGAAUCUGCUCCUGCAAAUCGUCGGGGCAGACCGUCUGCGUCGACGGCCCCUUCCUCCAUCGCCGAUUCAAUGGACUCGCCUAGCUAUGAAACUCCGGACACCAGCACUUUCCCAACGCCUGAUCCGGGAACAUCGAAAUCGAGUGUUGGAGCAACCGCCAGGGCUCUGCAGCUUCAGUCCUCCGAAUAUGCUCUUCGCCGCGGCACCCGGUCUUCAAGAAAGCGAAACAUCACUGAAAUAACUGAUCAAGAUUUUGAAGACACGGACGCACAAAUUGCUGCUAAACUGCAGGCAGAAGAGUACAAAGUGGUGGCAGAUUCAGAAGACUCCGAUGACGAACCUCUGUCUAAGCGCCGUCGUACUCGGCCAUCUCUCAAUGACAUGAUAGACGCUGAAGAUGACAUGCCGCCGCCCGCCAGCUUACGUCAGGGUCGAACCAAGCUUCCGCUCCGUAACCCUGGCUUUUCCACUUCUACCCGCCGGUCUUCACUCGACAGCUCCGAACUUUCAUCAGCGGUCUCCAUUGCCGACACAGAAUUGUCAGAUUUCACUCUUCCGCCCAUGUCCAUGGACACAGUCGACUUCAGUGAGUCCGACGAUGAAUCUAAUCGUUUUGAACCGCCCUGGGCUAGAGGACGUCGAGUAGAUUGGACAAUGUUGACCGAAGAAGAAAUCGAGUUCUGGACAGACCCUGUGAAACGACGUCAAAUUAGGGAACGCAAACGCUUGGAACGAGCCCACCCAGACAUCAAAACCAUGUGGACGGAUCUCGGCAAAAUCCCAGUCAUCAAGCCUGUGCAGGCGCCACAACCAACCGGGAUCAGUCGCAAGCUGAAGCCUUUCCAGCUCGAAGGCUUGGACUGGAUGAUGAAACAGGAAAAGUCCCAAUGGAAAGGUGGCUUGCUCGGUGACGAGAUGGGUAUGGGAAAGACCAUUCAGGCUGUCAGCCUUAUUAUGUCCGACUAUCCGGCUAAGGCUCCCAGCCUGGUGAUUGUCCCUCCAGUCGCGCUCAUGCAAUGGCAAUCGGAAAUCAAAGAAUACACCAGCGGAAAGUUGAAGGUGCUUGUUUACCACUCCUCUGCCAAUCCAAAAUGCAAACUUCUCACUGUCAAAGACCUGAAGAAGUACGAUGUUAUCAUGGUCUCCUAUUCUGGUCUGGAGUCGAUGUACCGGAAAGAACAGAAAGGGUGGUCUCGAGGUGAUGGGAUUGUGAAGGAGGACAGUGUGUUGCAUUCGAUCAAGUAUCACAGAUUGAUCCUCGACGAGGCCCACAGCAUCAAGCAACGCACCACUGGUGUGGCAAGGGCCUGCUUUGCCUUGAGAGCCACGUACAAGUGGUGCUUGUCCGGUACACCCGUUCAGAAUCGCAUUGGCGAGUUUUUCUCCCUGCUACGCUUCCUCGAGAUCCACCCGUUUGCAUGCUACUUUUGCAAGGAAUGCGGUUGUCGUGAACUCCAUUGGUCCCAGGAUGAGUCGAAGAGAUGCAUCAAGUGUCAGCACAGUGGCUUCAACCACGUCUCUGUGUUCAACCAAGAGAUUCUCAAUCCGAUCACCCAGGGAAACAACGAGAAGCUAAGAAAGGAGGGUCUAGACAAGUUGCGUCUGAUCACCGAUCGUAUCAUGCUUCGUCGUAUGAAACGAGACCACACUUCUUCUAUGGAGCUACCCCCCAAAGAGAUCGUUGUCCACAACGAGUUCUUUGGAGAAAUUGAACGAGACUUCUCACAAAGCAUCAUGUCAAACUCGACUCGCAAAUUCGACACCUACGUCGCGCAAGGUGUGAUGCUGAACAACUAUGCGAACAUCUUCGGUCUCAUUAUGCAAAUGAGACAAGUUGCCAAUCAUCCCGACCUGAUCUUGCGCAAGAACGCUGAAGGCGGGCAGAAUAUUCUUGUCUGUUGUGUGUGCGACGAACCUGCCGAAGACGCCAUCCGUUCCCGCUGCCGCCACGAAUUCUGUCGCCAAUGCGCCAGGUCAUACGUCCAGUCCUUCGCCGGUAGUGCGUACGGAGGUACUGAGGAAGACGCAGAUUGUCCUCGAUGUCAUAUUCCCCUGGUAAUAGACUGGGACCAGCCUGAAAUUGAGCAGGAUGAAGACAACAUCAAGAAGUCAUCAAUCAUCAAUCGCAUCAAGAUGGAGGAUUGGACCAGCUCUACAAAGAUUGAAAUGCUGGUGUAUGAUCUGUACAAGCUCCGCAGCAAGAAACAAACGCACAAGUCCAUCGUGUUUUCGCAGUUCACGAGCAUGUUACAGCUCGUCCAGUGGCGAUUGCAGAAAUCGGGUUUCAGCACGGUGUUAUUAGAUGGAAGCAUGACACCGGCGCAGAGACAGAAGACGAUCGACCACUUUAUGAACAACGUCGAUGUUGAGGUCUUCCUCGUCUCACUUAAAGCAGGUGGUGUCGCCUUGAACUUGACCGAGGCCAGCAGAGUUUACAUUGUCGAUCCAUGGUGGAACCCGGCUGCCGAAUGGCAAUCUGCGGAUCGGUGCCAUCGGAUCGGUCAACGUCGGCCGUGCGUCAUCACUCGUCUGUGUAUUGAAGAUUCGGUCGAAUCAAGGAUGGUGUUACUUCAAGAAAAGAAGGCCAAUAUGAUCAAUGGCACGGUAAAUAAUGAUCAGGUCGCGCUGGAUAAGUUGACGCCGGAGGACAUGCAGUUCUUGUUCCGUGGCUCUUGA